AUGUCCACCACAUUGCCAGAUGCCCAGCAAACUUUGUUGAUUGCUGUUAGUGCAAACUGCGAGUGGCGCGAGUUUGGCCCAGAAUUAACAAACAGCCUCAACUCUACCAAGCGGGACCAUCUUAUCGCUUGUGUUUCAGCAGCACAUUUUGCCAGACUUCUGAAAUCCAUAGCUCUGCGCCGACCCAGUGGAUCCGCACCCCCUUCCAACCAUUAA